AUGUUGUCUGGAUGUAUAGGAUUCAUACCUCCCAAUAUUGCUCUAAAUUUUGGAGAUAUUAGUGUGCUGUCCAUGUGCCUCAGUGGUGCAGAUAUUCCUCAGCUGUUUGUUAUCAGCCUUCCUACCCUCAUCAAACUCUUGGAACUGAGAAAAUUUGAUGUCCAUCUCUGCACAUCUGCUUUGCCUCAGUUGUAUGCUGCCCAACUUGCUGCAAUGCAAGUAUCUCCAGGAGGAAAGAUACCUGGCAUAUCCCAGGGUAACCUCGGUGCUGCCGUAUCACCUACCAGCAUCCACACAGACAAGAGCACAAACAGCCCUCCACCCAAAAGCAAGGAUGAAGUGGCCCAGCCUCUGAACCUUUCAGCCAAACCCAAGACAUCUGAUGGCAAGUCUCCCACGUCACCCACCUCUCCUCAUAUGCCAACUCUGAGAAUAAAUAGUGGGGCCAGUUCACUAAAAUCCUCUGUGCCAGCAACAUUAGCUAGUCCUUCGGCCAGAGCUAACACAAUAGAUAUCCUUUCUUCUAUCACGUCGUCAGGUUAUUUAAAUGACCAUGAUGCUGUUACCAAGGCAAUCCAGGAGGCUCGGCAGAUGAAGGAACAACUUCGGAGGGAACAACAGGUGCUGGACGGGAAGGUGGCUGUUGUGAAUAGUCUGGGUCUCAAUAACUGCAGGACAGAAAAGGUCAGUGGCUGUGACCCCUACCCUGUUCAGCUGAUCCCGACUACCAUGGCAGCUGCUGCCGCAGCAACACCAGGCCUAGGUCCGCUCCAACUGCAGAUGGCCUCUUCCUUUUUCAGUUGGGCUGUUUGUGCAAAUGUCUUCAUGGCAGAAUUGCUGUGUGAAUAA